UGUCCACCAUGGCUACUUUCACCUGUUCCGCCUCCGACCUCCACGCUCUCCUCGGCGGAAGCGCAAACUCCACAGCCGCUGCCGAAUACAUCUGUGGCGGCUUCAAUGCCGUCGCAAACAAAUUCAUCGACACUUCCUAUGCUGUCGACAACACUUACCUUCUAUUCUCAGCUUACCUUGUUUUUGCCAUGCAACUAGGUUUUGCUAUGCUUUGUGCCGGUUCUGUUCGUGCCAAAAACACUAUGAACAUUAUGUUAACCAAUGUUCUUGAUGCCGCAAUAGGUGGUAUUUUUUUCUAUGUUUUUGGUUUUGCCCUAGCUUUUGGAACACCUUCAAACGGUUUCAUAGGAAAACAUUUUUUUGGUCUUACUGAUUUCCCUUCACAAUCUUUUGAUUACGGUUUUUUCCUCUUUCAAUGGGCUUUUGCCAUUGCUGCAGCAGGGAUCACAAGUGGAUCAAUUGCUGAGAGAACACAGUUCGUUUCUUAUUUGAUUUAUUCGUCGUUUUUAACCGGUUUAGUUUAUCCAAUUGUUGCUCAUUGGUUUUGGUCUGCUGAUGGUUGGGGUAGUCCGGUUCGGUCUGAAAAUCUUUUGUUUGGUUCUGGUGUUAUUGAUUUUGCUGGUUGUGGUGUUGUUCAUUUAGUUGGUGCAGUUGCUGGUUUUUGGGGUGCUUUUAUUGAAGGACCGAGAAUUGGUAGAUUUGAUCAUGAGGGUAAAAGUUCUCCAAUUAGAGGACAUAGUGGUACUUUAGUUGUUAUGGGAACUUUUUUACUUUGGUUUGGUUGGUAUGGUUUUAACCCUGGUUCUUUUCUUAAUAUUGUGAAAGCUUAUGGUGAAAGUGGUCAUUACUAUGGUCAAUGGAGUGCUAUUGGGAGGACAGCUGUCACAACUACAUUGGCUGGAUGUACUGCAGCUCUCACUACUUUGUUUGGUAAACGUAUGCAAACAGGUCAUUGGAGUGUUAGUGAUGUGUGCAAUGGUUUGCUUGGUGGUUUUGCUGCUAUAACUGCAGGGUGUUCUGUUGUGGAUCCAUGGGCUGCUAUUAUUUGUGGUUUUGUUGCUGCUUGGGUGUUGAUUGGAUGCAAUUUGUUAGCUGAGAAAUUUCACUAUGAUGAUCCUCUUGAAGCUGCACAACUUCAUGGUGGUUGUGGUACUUGGGGGAUUAUUUUCACUGCUUUGUUUGCUAAGAAACAGUAUGUGAAUGAGGUUUAUUCUGGUUCACCUGAUAGAACUUAUGGUUUGUUGUUGGGAGGUGGUGGAAGAUUAUUGGCUGCACAUGUUGUUCAGAUUUUGGCUAUUGUUGCUUGGGUGAGUAUUACUAUGGGAACAAUGUUUUUUCUUCUUCAUAAAUUGAAUUUGCUUAGGUCUUCACCCGAGGAAGAGAUGGAAGGUCUGGAUUUAACUAGCCAUGGUGGAUUGGCUUAUGAGUAUCACCAAGAGGCUGAAGAACAUGCCAAAAGACGUGCAUUUGAAGUAUGAAGGAAACCAUAGAAGAUUCUAGAUUUACACAUUAGUUAUAGUAGCCAGAAGUUAUGAAUAUUCCUUAAUUAUUUUCAUGUUUCUUUAUUAUUGAAUAAAUUUUCACAUUAAGUAUGGU